AGAGCAGUCACUACCACCGCAAUGCUGCUGCCACGAUUACAACCGCCGCUGCGGGCGGCUCUCACGUCAAUUGCAAGAUCGACUGCGGGAGGAACACAGACGACCUGUUUAAAUGAGGCAUUCGCACAGUUGACGACUCGGGCGAGACCAGCGAAUGCGGGUGCUGUGAGAUGGGCUUCCCAUAAAGCCCAGGGAGCUGUGAAUAAAGCGAAGGAUGGACCGGGAAAGAGGCUGGGUGCUAAGAAAUCUGGAGAACAAUAUGUCAUUCCAGGAAACAUCAUCUUCCGCCAACGAGGCACACACUGGUUCCCCGGCGAGAACUGCGCCAUGGGCCGCGAUCACACGAUAUACGCCACGCAUCACGGCUAUGUCAAAUACUACAAAGACCCUGAGAAGAACCCCAAGCGCCAGUACAUCGGUGUCGUCUUCGAGCGCGACCAAGUCCUUCCCUUACCAAGAAACAGUAUGCGGCGCCGCCGCCUCAACAUGACUGCUACGAAAAUGGAGACUCCACCUGAGGUCACGAGCGAGGUGACAGUGCGUACGGAUCUGGUUGCGGAAGGUGAUGCCAAUGUACCUGUCAGUGUGAAGCAGACAAAGGUCAAACAGAGGAAGGGAGAAGAAGGUCGGGAAUUGAAAUUACGUCCUGGAUACAUGUACCGUGAGGCCAACUGGGAGAUUGGAAGAGCGGCAGAGAGGGCCAAGAUAAAGGUCAGGGAGUUUAAGCCUCGGGAUCGUUUCACAGCAUGGAGGAAGGCGGGGAUUAGGAAGGCGGCGAAUGCGGAGAAGAGAGGCUUGGGACGGAAGCUUAGGUAGAGGGUGAGUGUGUAUGAUAUGGAUGUACUUAUGGGUGUAUAAGAAUAGAUGCUACGGCUUCGGGAAUUGGCCGGAUACAAAUAGAAGUUUGUCGAGCUGUCCGAUCUAGCCUUACCUCCUUACCAGAUGGCCAUCACGAAUCGAUACCCCUUCGACUUACGGCAGGACGGCUUGCCUUCUAGUGCUUCUAAGUUGGCACAAGUACCCUUCGUACCAGUUGGCUUGCCUGGAAUGAUGCAGGCACCAGAAACCGGGACAUUUCCUUUACAUCAUCAAGUGGUUGAUUCCAAGUCCACCCCGGUGGUUUUAUUGUGAUUGACGAGUCCUACUCGAGAAUCAAGGUGGGCUUGGCCCGCGUUUUCCGAAAACAGCAAGACCUAUGCGGUCGUUGGCCUUUCCUUGUUAAGAGAGCCUCUACCUACCUGCAUCGAAGUACCACGGGUUACGUGGUGGCGGGCACUGGGGGGAUGGAAUGAGAAGUCGAUAACGUGCAUCAACGAACCAAAUCUCGUUCCAAUAAAGAGUACUGCCUGAGUCUGAUGUGUGCAUUCGACUUCAAUUGUGUCAGUGGGGCUUUCUUUAUAAGAUGAGGUGAAGCGAACAAAGAACGGUAAUGCUGCC